AUGUAUGAGUUUACUUGUGGGCAAUGGAUUAAAAAUUCAUUAAUUCCCGACAAUAGGAUCGGCAUAUCAACGGCUGGUAAUUUGGUUGAAACCAUAGAGUUUCAGUUUAAAGAAUUACUCGAAGAGAGGCCAAAACCCGAUGAUCUUAAAGUCUUUAAUAAUAUCCGUAAAUUAUAUUUUUCGUGUCUUAAUAUAAGUCAGCUCAUACAGAUAGGUGACGGACCUUUAAUUGAAAUAUUGUUAGAGUUGGGCGGUUGGCCUAUAAUUGAGGAACAGUUGUGGAAAGAAAAGCAGUUUAAUUGGAUUGAGACUAAUAUGAAAAUGAGAGAAAUGGGAUUACCUUUUAACCAAUUUUAUCAUUUAUCUGUUGGUUUGGACCUUAAAAACAAUACAAAACACAUAAUAACUAUCGCAGAGAUUAUACCCGGAGUUGGGGACAGAAAUGUUAUGCUUAACGGUAUGAAUGAUCCAAAUGUUAGGGCAUAUUAUGAUCUUCUUGUGGAGUGCGCUAUACUUCUUGGAGUCAAACAGACUAAUGGCAAUCCUUUUAAUCAAAUUAAAGAUUUAAUUGAUUUUCAAAUCAAAAUUAUUAGUUUGACAAAACCGAUGGAAGAGACAAGAAAUGUGACCAAACUUUACAAUAAAAUGACAGUUAAAGAGUUGCAAGUAUUGGCACCAAAUACACCAUGGCUUCAACUUUUAAGCGCUAUUUUUGGACAAACUAUUCAUUUAAACGAUGAAAUAGUUGUUAAUAAUCCUUAUUAUGUUAAACAAGUCGAUCAUUUGAUUAACAUUACAAAUAAAAGAAUAUUAGCGAAUCACAUGUUGGCAGAUAUUGUGCUGACAAGUCUAUCGCUAUUACAUCCAAAAUGGUUUCAAUUGAAUGAAAUGUAUUUAAAUCGGAUAACUGGUCGCCAGUCGAUACCUCCCCGAUGGCAAACAUGCGUUAAAUCUGCCGCUUCAUUGAGCGUUGCAUUUUCGGCACUAUAUGUCCGCAAAUAUUUUGCUAAAGAAAGCAAACAAAAAGCCAAAGAGAUGGUUUAUUUUAUUCAUAAAAAGUUCAUUGAAAUGUUUGAUGACAUUGAAUGGAUGGAUCAAUUGACAAGGGAACGGGCCAUACAAAAGGCCACAGCUAUUACCAGUUAUAUUGGUUUUCCCGAUCAACUACUCAAUGACAGCCAAAUUGCAAAUAUUUAUCAAAAUCUUGAUGAUUUUGAUGAUUCGCAAUAUUUCCAAAAUACUUUAAAAAUGAUGAAAUGGUUGACAAACUAUUCACAUAAAGAUUUGCGUGAAUCUAGAAAUAAAGGAAAUUGGCAAAACUUUGCGGACACAGCAGUCGUUAACGCUUAUUAUAGUGCCGUCGAAAAUGCUAUUAUAUUUCCGGCGGGAAUUUUGCAAGGAAUAUUCUUCAAUUAUCAUAACCCUAAUUAUCUAAACUUUGGUGCCAUUGGGACAGUGAUUGCACACGAGAUUACACAUGCAUUUGAUGACAUCGGCAAACAGUUUGACCAAAACGGUAAUAACAAUAACUGGUGGGACAGUCGGACCGAUAGUUUAUUUAAUAACAAAAGUCAAUGCCUUAUAAAUCAAUACAAUAAUUAUGUUUUGCCUGAAAUAGAAGUAAAUAUAAAUGGUAUGAAAACGUUGGGAGAAAAUAUUGCCGAUAAUGUGGGCGUUAGAGAAGCAUUCAGGGCUUAUAAGACAUAUAUAAGCACCAGAGGUCCAGAGCUGACGCUACCUGGGCUUAAAUAUACACCCGAACAACUAUUUUGGAUUACAUAUGGAAAUAUAUGGUGUACCAAAACCCGACCUGAAAUGACAAAAAUGAUUAUUAGUGAAGAAACGCACUGUCCGUCCAGGUUUAGGGUAAUCGGAACCGUAUCUAAUUUAAUAGAGUUUGCUAACAGUUUUAAUUGUUCCAAUGGAAGUCCUAUGAAUCCGGUAAAUAAAUGCAGAAUCUGGUAA